AUGCGUUUCCCAAUUUUGGCCGCUGCACUCAUUUCUAGUGCCCCUCUCAUUGCCGCCCACGGCAAGGUUACUGUAGCUGUUGGUGAUGCGGGAGGCAACGGCACGGCUUUGGGCAUUCAGGGUGCCGUAAUUCCCGGUGCCGGCCGCAACAAGGUCACUGAGCCCGACACUACUGUUUUCAAGGGCGAUGCUGCCGACUCAUGCGGCCGAACCACUGGCCAAGGAGAAAAUGAUAUCGAACAGGGCACUAUCUCUGCUAUGCAACUGUCCGGUAACCAGCUUCCUCAAGUUACGGCUGGUGGCUCUCUCAGUGGCACACUGCAUGUCGUGACUUCGGAUGGCGCUGGCGCCUACACGGCUCUGCUUAAUGCGGACGGUACCGGCCAGACAUGGGUCAGUGCCGAGGUCACGCAGCAAGUUCCGGGCACUCGUGGCAACAUCCAGAAGAGCGACAAGCGCUUUUGGGCUCGCGCUCUUCAAUCCGUUGGCCUCAUGAAGCGUGCCAGCAACAUCAACGAGGACUACCCAUUCAAGGUUGCUCUUCCCGCUGAUAUGAAAUGCACUGGUACAGUUGCUGGUCAGUCCAAUAUAUGUAUCGUCAAGCUCGUCAAUCCUUCGCGCGCCGGCCCCUUCGGCGGCUGUGUGCCCGUCCAGCAGGUUCAGCCCGGCGCUGCUCCUGCUGCGGCACCCGCUCCUGCCGCACCAGCCGUUCCAGCCCCUGCACCGGCUCGCCGUGCCCGGCGCAAUUUCGCUGCAUAG